CAAAAGGUCAGAAGCCCCGAGCCGAGACCCACGCGACUGGGGACUGGGGUCAUAAACUAGCACGAUUCCCUCGCUUCACCGCCGUGCCGUGCCCGUGGCCGAACAAACCAACCACACCCCAACCAGCGAGGCAGCAAGCCGACAGGCAAGCAGACCAGCAACCGCACCGGGCGGGCGGAGCAGGCGACGAGCGAGAUGGGUUCCUUCUUCUCGACCAUGUUCACGCCGCCGCCCGCGGGCGACGACCCCAACUCCGCCGUGGUCGCCGCGCACUCCAAGGCCGCCUACGACCAGCAGUGGGAGGCCGCCAAGAGCAGCGGCAAGCUGGUGGUGAUCGACUUCUCGGCGUCCUGGUGCGGGCCCUGCCGCUUCAUCGAGCCGGCCUUCAAGGAGAUGGCCUCCCGCUACACUGACGUCGUCUUCGUCAAGAUCGACGUCGACGAGCUCGCGGAUGUGGCAAGGACAUGGAAGGUAGAGGCGAUGCCUACAUUCGUACUAGCCAAGGGUGGGAAGGAGGUGAGCCGUGUGGUUGGGGCGAAAAAGGACGAGCUCGAGAGGAAGAUCGGCAUGUUCCGAUCAUCUUAGUCAUACUAACUCAACAAUGCAUGCAAUCCCAUGUUGAAAUGGUGGGGGAGUCCUGUGGUUUGCCCAGGUUGAAAUGCCAUGUCGUUCUCUUCUCUGAAUGCUGCAGAAUUUAUGUGAACCGGUUACAAACGUGCCUGGGUUAAUAAAGUUUCUGAGACUUGGAUGUGAAUGUCA